CCUGACCGGCACCAGGACCCAGAGGAGAUGUGCGGCAGGGAGGUUGGUAAUCAUGGCGGACCAAAACAAGACAGACACUCAAGAGAAGUUCUACAGUGAAAUAUUAAGUCCAUCUGAGCUGUUCGCAGCUCGGGCCAGGAGUCACAAGAUCCCAGUCAGAGGACAGAAAGACUUCUUCCCCAAUGACUCGGAUGAGCAGAGAGAGCGUCUCGAGCAGAGUUUACAUGAACACUGGAGCCUGAUAUCAGAGGAGAGAGUGGAGAGGCUAGGAAGCCUCGUGAAGGCCACGUGGGUUCCAAGUGACCAGAUUGUGGAGCUUCAGUCUCCAGCUGGCAAGUUUUGGCAGACGAUGGGCUUCUCUGACAACGGCAAACAGUAUCUCCUCCCUGAAGAGGCUCUCUACCUAAUGGAGUGUGGAAACCUGCAGGUGUUUUACCAGGACCUGCCGCUGUCCAUCCAGGACGGAUAUGAGAGGUUUCUGUCCUCAAACACAGUGAGCCUCCAGCAAUAUCAGGUGUUCGGGCAUUUGAAGAGACUUGGAUAUGUCGUGCACAGGUUCGAUCCCAGUUCGGAGCCGUCGUCCUAUGCGAGACAGCUCAACCUGCCUCAGUCACAUGACAGAGCAGGGAGACAAGUGAAGAGGAAACGCAGCACCAGCCCCACGCCUACAUCCAGUCAUACUGACGCACAAGACGCAUCCACGACAGAGAAGAUGGAGGAGGAUGAACGCAGCCAUGAAGGCGAGGAGGAUAAAACACUUCCUGAGUCGCACGUGACGACCUCUCCAGAGGCUUCAGCUACAAGUCCAGCGGAUAAAUGCGAGGGCAGGACCUGGUGGGUGACGGAUGUUGGCGGGGACUCAGGCCAUCAGGCGGAUCACCACGCCGCCUCGGGUUCCGCACGCUGGGACUUCAGCUCCAUCCUUUUCCCAGACCUGGGCUCCGGCGAGCGCCUCUCCAGCUGCCUGGCCUCCCCGGACUCCUCUCUGCUGCCCGGGGCGUUGGCUGUGGGAGACUGUGACGUCGCCCCCUGGAGGCAGAGAAUAAACCUACGAGAGGUAAAGAUGUCGGCAAAGGAGAGGGAACAGGACAAGCAUAGGCAUCACUGGGAUGUCAACAAAGACAAGGAGGUUCGGCAGUGCAGAAACUGGGCAGAGUAUCGGGAUCUGUUGGCAAGGCGAGAGAGGAAGCGUAAAGGUCAACAGGCACACUUGUGGAACAGCGAAGUCGCUCCUUUACAUGACCCAAGACAACAAAUCCCCACCGGGGAGCUGCUGGAUAAAAUCAGUGUGAUUAAAUCCACCCAUUUGCUGGAGGGAGCCUCCAGGUUGAAAGGUUCAGACGAGUGGAGGAUUUGUUUCAGUGUUUACCAACCUGACUCGGUGGCUGAUUUCAAGAAGAGCAACCCGGGGAAACCUUACUCCCGCAUGUGUGUUUGCAGUUUCGACGGUCCCGUGCCCGACCUGCAAGCUAUCAAGCUGCUAGCCUUCCAGAGCGGAGACAUCCCGGUGGUCUUUGCUGUGGUGGACCACGGAGACAUCUCCUUUUAUACCUUCAAAGACUUCCAGCUGCCCACCGAUAUCUUCCCCUGAGACCUCACUGCUCCCUAAACCUUUACCAACAUGUAUCCAGACCUUCUAAAUAAAUAAAUCUGCAUCUGUUGGACUGGCUGGACACACAAAAACAAAAAUAUCAAUCAAUCAAUUAAAGCUGGAUGUAGCAGAUUAAAAUAAAUCAUGAAAAACACAAAGUUCCUUUGUGUGUCUGACCAGUGAUUUGCAGUUGGAGGAUCAUUUUAGUGCCAAAGUUUUGUUGCCUGAGUCGGUAGAACAUCGUCGUCUGCCACUGUGACCUUUUUGAUACGACUAUAAGCGGUGCCAAAAAAUGGAAAUUUUCAAAUUCUACAUAAAUUCAAAUUCUUUUUCCUUCAUAAUCUGGACAAACAGACAGUUAGAGUUAUUUCUAUGAACUAUUACAAUGACCAGACUUGUUAUUGUUUAUUUUCUGCAACAACUAAAGUUAGAUUGAGUAUUUUAUUAAUCCUAAUGGGAAAUAAAUUGUUGCUACAGCAGCCAUGCAAAAAAAAAAGUUGUAUAACGUAGGUUUGUUUACAAAGAAAAAGAAGAUGAUUUAGAGUAAGAGGGAAAAAAAAGAUACGUUGUUGGUUUUAAUGAUGCUGUAUUUUUAAUUUAAAGACAAGAGAGUGUGUUGUUGUUGUAGUUGUGUGUGAUCAGAAGAAGAGUUCCUGACACACCCUGAGGAUCGUUUGUACUCAGCAGUGCUGCGAGGUGAGAAGUUAAACCACAAGAGUUCAGCAGAAACAAGAUUUUCAGCUGCAGUUGAGAUGCUCUUUAUAGACACACUUCCUGACUUAGUCACAGCGCUCAUUUGUUCCCCCAAAUCUUCUUCCGUUGCACUUUUAAUGUGUUUAGACUCAUUUCACAGUUUCACAGGCACAAAACAAAUGAUUCUAUCUUUAAAUAAGAAUAGCUGCAAUUUACAUUGUUUUUGAGGGAAAUCAAGGGAUGUUUCAGCUUCAAAUCAGGAGAACAGGGACGACUAGUCUUUCUACUCUUUAGGGAUAAUAUGUGGUGAUGUAUGAACUGUCUUCAUUAAGCCACUGUGUGUCUACAUAUAUGCAGUUAUAAUGGAUGAAAUGUGGGCCACUACUAUAUGUUCAACGUGUGUUGGGGAAGUGUUAACAGUUUGUCAUGUAAAUUCUUGCAUUUGCAUAAUUAGAAAUAUAACUUUUUAAUAAAUUAAUCUUAAGAUCCACUUAAAAUCUUUCAACCUUGUCUUUAGAAACCUCGAGUUAAGAUGAAUUAGUCAAACUACAGAAAAUCAAGACUAAACUUUGAUGCUCAAGUAUAACAAAUUUAAUGUCUGUAACUUGCACUUUGCAAGAAAGUUGUGAUCUUUUUAGUUUUCAACCACAAUCAUAUGAAGAAAAAUGUUUUCUGUCUGACUGUCACAAACUGUGAGCAGACAUGGGAGACUUUAUUAUUUAAAUCUUGAAAUGUGCUGCUGAAACAUUGCUGUUUACUUUCUUAUGUGCAGGGUUUUGUUUUUUUUUUUACUUUCCAAUUAAAAACCUUGAAUCAUU